CUGGAGGAGACACUCUCAGAUAGUGUUGAAUGCUAUGAGAAGGCAGGUGUUCUGCAGGAUUCAGCUGGGUAUCCCUGCCGGCUUCCCCAUCUCUUCCGUCUGGCUGGUGAUCAGUGAGUCAACUGCCACGAGACGCUUCUCCUGAGCUCCCAUGGCGUCGCCGCGGCGCGCGUGCGUCACCGGAGGCGGCAGCUACGUCGCGUCGUGGCUCGUCAAGCUGCUCCUCUCCCGCGGCUAUGCCGUGCACGCCACCGUUCGCGACCCAUGUGACCCAAAGAACGCGUGCCUGGAGCAGCUGGACGGGGCCUCGGAGAACCUGCGGCUGUUCAAGGCGGACAUGCUCGACUACGGCUCCGUGGUGGCCGCGUUCGCCGGCUGCCAGGGCGUCUUCCAUGUCGCCUCGCCGGUGCCGGAAGGCAAGAUGGUUGACCCCGAGAAAGAGAUGAUGGAUCCUACUGUCAAGGGAACCAAGAAUGUACUCGAGGCUUGCACAGCUACGGAAGUUCAGAAACUGGUUCUGGUCUCGUCCGCGGCUUCUGUUUGCUUCAACCCAGAUUGGCCCCAAGAUAAGCUCAAAGACGAGAGCUGCUGGACAGACAAAGAGCUCUGCAAGGAAAAUGAGAACUGGUAUUCUCUUGCCAAGACAGAAUCUGAAGAGAUCGCCCUCGAACACGGGGAGAAGACAGGAUUGCGCGUCGUCACAUUUUGCCCUGGUCUGAUUUUUGGCCCUCUGUUGCAGCAUGUGGUGCUCAACACUAGCAGCAAGGUCCUCCUCUACAUCAUCAAAGGGGGUCCUGACACGAUGAACAACAAGUUAUGGCCCCUAGUAGACGUCCGCGACGUUGCCGACGCGUUACUCCUGUUGUACGAGAAGUCGGGGUCACCUGAGAGAUACAUAUGCUCACUAGACCAAGUCGACGUGAAGGAUCUGCUGGAGAUUAUGAAGAGGAUGUACCCUAACUACAGCUAUGCAGACAAGAUGGCUGACGUGGAUUAUAGAGGUGCAUUGAAUUCGGAUAAGCUGAAGAAACUGGGGUGGAAACCAAGGAAGCUGGAGGAGAUGCUCGCAGAUAGCGUCGAGUCGUAUGAAAAAGCGGGCCUUCUUCGGGUUUCAGAAGACGAACCUUGCCGGCUUCCCUUCUUCUACCGUUUGCCACCGUUGGUGGAUUGAACGAACCUGCAGAGAUACGGCGGCGCCAUUGUUAUUUCCCCCAUUUCGCUUGCAAAAUAAAGAGCAAAUUCUAUUUCGAACUAUAUACCUGAGACGUUGUCACGACAUUUUGAACCGGAUAUUUUUUGGGCACUUUGAACCGGAUUUUGAUUCAAAGUGUCACACAGUUUCUGAUUCAAAGCGAAUUUACUCCCAGGUCAAAUUCA